UAGCGACUACAGGUACGGCCUUUCACCAUAGAAACGUGCCUCAUAUCCAACCAAAGUCAACGAUCGAGGCGCCUAGAGAAAUGGCUCCAGUCUCACUCCCCUACGCUCACUGCGAGAGUAAGUUACGAGCUCUCGCCGGCCAGGCUGAGGGAUUCGGCCGCCUUGCUACCGGUGGUCUUCAUGGAGCACUCUACUGUGUUACUACUCUGGCAGAUGAUGGUCCUGGAUCACUUCGUGAAGCAUGUAGCAAGAAAGAACCUCUGUGGAUUGUUUUCGAAAUUUCGGGUGAAAUCAAGCUGAAAUCUUUUCUACCCGUGUCUUCAUAUAAAACAAUCGAUGGUCGAGGACAAUGGAUUAGGAUCACUGGCAUGGGCCUUAGACUGGCCCAAUGUGAACAUGUGAUUAUAUGCAAUUUAGAGUUUCAAGAAGGCAGAGGACAUGAUGUCGACGCCAUUCAAAUCAAACCAAACUCAAAGCAUAUAUGGAUUGAUCGCUGUAGUCUUAAGGAUUAUUCAGAUGGGCUUGUUGAUGUUACUCGAGGAAGCACAGACGUUACUAUUUCACGUUGUAAAUUUGGGUACCAUGACAAGACGAUUCUUAUUGGAGCAAACGCUGCUCAUUGUGAUGACAGAAAUAUCCGUGUUACUAUUCACCACUGUCUCUUUGAUGGAAGUCGUCAGAGGCUUCCACGUGUUAGGUUUGCCAAAGUACAUCUGUACAACAAUUACACCAGAUAUUGGGCGAUCUAUGCUGUGGGUGCCAGUGUUGAUUCAGAGAUAUACUCACAGUGUAAUAUUUAUGAAGCCGGUCGCGAUUGCAAUGUGGCUUUUAAAUAUAUCCCUGAAAAGGCUGGUGACAAAAAUGCGCCAACUGCUGGCACCAUUGUAUCUGAGGGAGACCUAUUUUUAGGUGGAACUCAGCUCUCGAGUGGUUUGCAGGAUGGCAACGUGUUCCACGUCCCGGGGAUUGGUAGUUUUCCAAUCUUGAAAACCAGGAGCAUGGAUCGUGAUACAUGUUGUCGUUGAUCCAAAUCAGCUGCCAUUUUCUUCCGUGCUGGAGUGAUGGCCUGCCUUCAUGUUAAAUUCAGAGUUCCCCAAUAUGAUCGUGUUUAUGCCCCAAUCGAUCAAAGCUUUUUGGUUUUACAGUGCUCCUCUUCAAUUAUUUCGGUGUUAGCCAGUCUCCCAGUGGAACACGAUAUUCGACUUCGAGGUAUGCUUAUCGGUUGCAAUUACAUCGAUUACCCAGUGUUUGAUGUUGUGGUACACUUUGUUGGGCUGAAAGCUGUGGGUGAAAGCGUGUCCCAUCCAUUCCGUUACUUUGAUAAUAAUUUGAUCGGGUCCAUCACUAUGUACAAAGUCAUGGCCAAAUACAAUUGUAAGAAGUUGGUAUUCUCUUCAUCUGCAACUGUUUAUGGACAGCCGAAGAAAAUUCCAUGUGUUGAGGACUUUGAACUCAAGGCAAUGAACCCAUGA